AUGACAGAUGACACUUCACAGUCGAUUACCAUUUGUCCACCACCAGCCACUCAACAGAUGCCCACCGUGGUUGCUCCUCUUCCUUUAAAGUCAAGCAAAAUUAGCUUCAUUCGGCCAUCAGAUGCUCACUUUCCCAUGCUUGGAGAUGCCUUGGCUAUCUGUCUGGAUGCCUCGCCCGGUUUGCGUUAUCAGUUAAAAGCUAGUGACUGUAUCUGCAAAGACUUUAAUGUGAAACAUGAUGAAGGCACUGUAACACCAGCCUCAAUCGUCCCUGAAGCUAGUCAUCCCUUAGCUUCUACGAAGAAAAAACUGGUAUCAAAUAAUGUACCCUUAGCCACGGAAGCCUUUGAACAUCUGAAGCUGUGCCCACUAGCCAAACGGAGUUCUCGUAUGGCAAGUAUGCCAGAAUACAAGGCAGACCAUCUACUCAAAUCUGCCCAUGAUCUGUACACAUUGGGAGGUUUAAAUGCAGUUUCAAUGGUAAGCAUGACAAUGCGUAUCAAGAAACUGGCAUUGCUGUAA